GAAGUCAAAAGUGAACUGUCAUAUCCUACAGACAUGGUACAGACAGACAGCUUUUGACUGUGACGUACCAUUACGUACGUACCUAAGCUGUCAUUUCAAAUGAGCUUGCAUUUACUGUUUUGAUUAAAAAUUAAUAAAGAAAUAUUGUUCUGAAUUACAUUAAAAGUUUUGGAAUUAAAAUGACGACUAACGGUGAUAUUGGUGGCCUAGAUGCCAGUGGAAAAAUAGUUAAAAUGGAGGUGGACUAUAGUACUACUUGUGAUGAGAAGAUACCGCUAUGGAAGUCCUGGGCUGCCAAGGGGAAAGUCCAAGAAGCCAUUGACCAACUCUUGGCCUUGGAAAAACAAACCAGAACGGGAGCAGACAUGGCCUCAACAGCUCGAAUUUUGGUGACAAUAGUACAAAUAUGUUUCGAGGCGAAGAAUUGGUCUGCUCUUAAUGAUCAAAUUGUGUUGUUGUCCAAAAGAAGAUCUCAACUCAAGCAAGCUGUAGUCAAAAUGGUGCAAGAAUGUUACACUUAUGUUGACAAGACACCCGAUAAGGAAACAAAAAUAAAACUCAUUGAAACACUAAGGUCAAUAACUGAAGGUAAAAUCUAUGUAGAGGUUGAGAGAGCCCGCCUCACUCACAUCUUGGCAAAGAUUCGAGAAGACGAAGGUAACAUAGCUGAAGCUGCCAAGAUUAUUCAAGAGCUUCAGGUGGAAACUUAUGGGUCAAUGGACAAAAGGGAAAAGGUGGAGCUUAUUCUAGAACAAAUGAGGCUCUGCUUAGCGAUCAAAGACUACAUUCGCACACAGAUCAUAUCUAAAAAGAUCAACACAAAAUUCUUUGAAGAAGACAAUACACAGGAAUUGAAAGAAAAGUUCUACCGUCUCAUGAUCGCCGUAGACCAGCACAACGGCCAGUACUUGGCUGUUUGCCGCCAUUUCCGCGCGCUCGGCCAAUCAGCGGGCGCCGAUGCACUGAUUGGCAGCGUCGUGUUCCUCAUUCUGGCGCCGUAUGAUAAUGAACAGGCUGAUCUGACCCAUAGACUCAAUGAGGAUAAGGAAUUGGACAAACUGCCUGAGUACAAGCAACUCUUGGGCUUGUUCAUAAACCCAGAAAUCAUUAGAUGGAAUGUUCUUUGUUCAACAUAUGAGAAGAUGUUGAGGGGCACUCCAUACUUUGACUCUUCAGAUGAGAAAGGUCAGGAGCGAUGGAAUGACCUUAAGAACCGAGUUGUGGAACAUAAUAUCCGCAUAAUGUCGAUGUACUACACGCGCAUCACGGUGAAGCGCAUGAGCGAGCUGCUGGGGCUGGGCGAGACAGAGACGGAAGACGCGCUGAGCCAGCUCGUGGUCGGCUCCGUGGUGCGCGCCAAGAUCGACCGUCCCGCCGGCGUCGUGCACUUCAGCCUCAACAUGGACUCGUCGGACCGUCUAAACGAGUGGUCGAACAACCUGAAUACGCUGAUGCAACUCGUCAACAAGACGACGCACUUGAUCAACAAGGAGGAGUGCGUCCACAAACAUUUGCUGGCCACAGCCGAGUGAAACAAUAUUUAUUACUGUAUAAGAUUUUUUUAUUUUAUCGGUUAGUUUAAAAAACUUUACUGUCAAACUUUGUUCCAUUUUUUAAAAAACGGCUGAAAUGACGGCGUUUUAAUUUUAUUAAUUAAAAAAAAAACGUUCUUUAUCUGAUCUGAGCGCUAUUCCAGGUUCCUUUCUCAGCCACAAAGCCAGGAGCCCAGAAUCCGCUUUGCGACUAUUCCAUCUCCACUUCCCAUGGUCUUCGGCAUCCUUAGUUAUCAGACCAAUAUUGGAAAGUCACGUAUUGGCAAUCUGGUGCCUCCAUUUUCUUUGAGUGUGUUAUUGUUAACACUGGUGUCAGAUUUGAUUUAAGUCACCUAAAGGCAUCUAACAUGACCGACAUGGUUACCGACAUCUAGUGGCAAGCAAUCGCAUAAACUCUAGUGAACUUAGACAUUGUUUUGUAGUAAAGUUGUUUAAUUGGUUCAUAUUUCAGUCAAAUAACCUAUAAAUAGAUAAGUAUAACAGAAUCAUCGUUAUCAAUAUGUUAUCUACAAUACAUCCUAUUACUGAAAUGUGAGCCGGUAUUACUUAUAUCUAUUUACACAAUCUAACAACACCAGACGAAUAAAAAAUAAUCAAAUGCAUUUGUUAAUUUCAAGCUGGCAUUGAAUAGCGUAAUUGGUUUAGUCAUAAUAAACUACAUUUAAAGUAA